UUCGAGCAGCAGCCAAAGCUCAUAACUGCAAUCGUGGACAAAAUCUCGUAACAGCCGAAUAAGGAGGAGGAAGACGACGCAACGCGUUAUCCCUGCUCAGCACCACUCGAAGCGCCUUCAGCGGCCGAGCCACCACGUGUCGUCCGAAACUUCUAUUUCUAUCUGAUAACCUCAUCUCUCAUCCCCUGCCACAUUUAUACAAUCCCUUUCCUUUCUCGUUAUAAUACGUUUUCCGUCCUCGAGGGGAGGGCAAACUGAUACUCUGGAGCGCUGCUUGCUUCCUUUUUCAAAACCCUAACCGCUGUCUUUGCCUGGGGAAUUCGGGACGAUGGAUCACGAGGCUGAUUCUCACCGCACCGAUUUGAUGACCAUAACGCGUUAUGUGCUGAACGAGCAGUCCAGGCAUCCCGAGUCACGCGGUGACUUCACCAUCUUGCUCAGUCACAUUGUGCUCGGCUGCAAGUUCGUCUGCACUGCCGUUAAUAAGGCGGGUCUUGCCAAACUGAUUGGACUUGCUGGAGAGACCAAUGUUCAGGGUGAAGAGCAAAAGAAACUGGAUGUGCUUUCGAAUGAAGUUUUUAUCAAGGCUUUAGUAAGCAGUGGCCGAACAUGCAUCCUUGUAUCUGAAGAGGAUGAAGAAGCAACAAUUGUGGAGCCAUCUAAGCGUGGAAGGUAUUGUGUUGUUUUCGAUCCCUUGGAUGGAUCCUCUAACAUUGACUGUGGUGUUUCCAUUGGAACUAUCUUUGGGAUUUAUAUGGUGAAAGAUGGUGGUGAGCCAACUCUUGAUAAUGUGUUGCAACCUGGAAAGAAUAUGUUGGCAGCUGGUUAUUGCAUGUAUGGAAGCUCUUGCACGCUUGUGUUAAGCACUGGAACUGGUGUUAAUGGAUUUACCCUUGAUCCAUCACUUGGGGAGUUCAUACUUACUCACCCAAACAUUAAGAUUCCAAAGAAAGGAAAAAUUUACUCAGUAAAUGAAGGAAACACAAAGAAUUGGGAUGCUCCAACAGCCAAGUAUGUGGAACAAUGCAAGUUCCCCAAAGAUGGUUCAUCACCAAAAUCUCUACGAUAUAUUGGAAGCAUGGUAGCUGAUGUCCACCGCACAUUACUUUAUGGUGGUAUCUUUUUGUACCCUGCUGAUAAGAAGAGCCCCAACGGAAAAUUGCGUGUUCUCUAUGAAGUCUUUCCAAUGUCAUUCUUGAUGGAACAAGCAGGAGGUCAAGCUUUUACUGGAAAGCAACGGGCACUUGACUUAGUUCCAAAGAAUAUACACGAACGGUCUCCAAUAUUCCUUGGCAGCUACGAUGAUGUUGAAGAAAUUAAAGCACUCUAUGCUGCUGAAGCGAAGUAAGGAUAGGUUCAUAAAUCUCAUUUCUCUUGUACUAUCCUUAUCUCCUUAACUGCUGUUCAGGUGCUAUACCCGAUUUCUGAUUUCAUCUAUUCAUAAGAUAGUAUACUUCUCCUAAAGCUCCUUUGUAAUAAGAUACAAUUUCUUGAUGAAAAAACAUCCAUUGUGUUCACCUUGAAUAACAGUGAAAUCAGCUUCUUUCUUAAAAAUGGAAGCAUCUAUCCA